AUGGUCGAAAAAGAACCCAUAGAUCUUGAUACCAGCAAGAUCAAGGAAUGGAAAUCCAUUGUGACACUUCUUGUCUUCAUCAUUACGAAUCUCAUUGUAUUAUUUCCGUUUCAUGUUCCCAUCUAUAUUCCUCGAAAGUUGUCAAAUGCCUUUUUGGAUACCUGUAGCAGACUUCGGAUCAUCUCGCCAAGACAAGACCCUCAUCAUGAUCACGAGGAUGGCCAACACGAGCAGCUCUCAAGUCUUGUACGACUAGAGUUUCCUAUGAACUUUGUCACCGCGCCAAUCAUAGCAGACCUCUUCUUGCUUGCUAUCAUAGCCAUUGGUCGCAAAGAGGUUCACGAUGGCACGAUUGGAGCGAAUCACAUUUCUCCUAUUGAGAUUAUGGCCUUCUUCCUCACCUUGGCUUAUAUCGCCAUCUCAAUUGAUGCAUCUGGACUUAUCAGAUACCUAGCAUUCAAAGUGCUUCAAAAAGGAGGUGGAGUUGGACAUAGGCUCUUUUUCUACCUGUAUGCAUUCUUCUUCCUCUUGGGCAGCUUCAUUGGCAACGAUCCGAUCAUCUUGUCAGGAACAGCAUUUCUAGCAUACAUGACCCGUGUGUCAAGUAACAUCGUCCACCCAAGAGCUUGGAUUUACACUCAAUUCGCAAUCGCCAACAUAGCUUCGGCUAUUCUGGUUUCCUCGAACCCGACCAACCUCGUCCUCGCUGGAGCCUUCAACAUCAAAUUUAUCAACUACACGGCUAAUAUGAUCGUACCGGUAAUUUCAACAGCUAUUAUUCUGUUUCCGUUUUUACUAUAUAUUGUAUUCGCUGAUGAGUCACUUAUUCCCUUUUCCAUUAAGAUGCACGAGCUUUCAGCUGAGGCGCAAGCGAAAGCUCCGGUCAAUCCCAACAUUCCAAAUGCUCGAGGACUUGCAGAAGAGCAAGAAAAGUCUCUUGCCAACGACGAAGAAGGACAACUGUUAUCACUCGAAGAAAUUAUGAAUCCGUUUCUAGACAAGGGCGGCGCAGCAUUUGGAGCAGUUUUAAUGGCUGCCACGCUCGUCACGAUUUUAGCUGUGAACGCAGCAAGCCCAGGAGCAGGCAAAGAACGUCCGGUGUAUGAGAUUACUUUACCAGCUGCAUUCAUAAUGUUUGUAUGGGAUAUCGGUUUCGGCUGGCAUCAUCGCCGCGAGACUCGAAAAAUCGCACAAGACGGCCGGCAGGAAGUUGAAUAUGCGAGAGCUGAGGCGGCAGCGCUCAAGGAAAUGAGGGACGAGGAAGAGGAGGAAGCUGCACGUCUAUCCUCGCAGCAAGAAAAACAAGAAUCCACCAUAUCUCAGUCAGAUAGCUCAAACGGCACAACCGACAUUUCAAACCAAAACGAUAAAAUUACCAUAAUAACCGACCACACCACCCCCUCCGACAUCGAACUCUCCACCCUCCCAACCACCAAACCCUCCCUCCAAGACCGCAUCGCCCGUCACCUCGCCCAAAACCACUCCCCCGCCCCCGCAACCCUCACAACCCUCCUCAGCAAAACCCACCGCUGGUCCCAAGAAACCUUCCCCACCUGCACCGCAGUAGUAGCCCACCUCCCCUUCGCCCUCGUCCCCUUCGCCUUCGCCAUGUUCAUCCUGGUCCAAGCCCUCGUCACCAAAGGCUGGGUCCCCGUCUUCGCCUACGGCUGGGACCACUGGGUAUCGAAAACCGGCACCGUAGGCUCCAUCGCCGGCAUGGGAUUCCUCUCCGUGAUCCUCUGUAAUUUCGCGGGCACGAACAUCGGUACCACGAUCCUGCUCUCCCGCGUUAUACAGUCCUGGGAGGAAAUCCAUAAGAUCUCCGGGGUGCCGAUCACGGAUCGUACGUUUUGGGCGACGGUGUAUGCCAUGGCUAUCGGUGUUAAUUACGGCGCGUUUAGUACGGCGUUUAGUGCCUCCCUCGCCGGCCUGCUUUGGAGGGAUAUCCUCGCGCGCAAGCAUAUUAGGGUUAGGAGGUUGGAUUUCGCGAGGGUAAAUUUGCCGAUUAUUGCGAUUGCGAUGGUUGUUGGGUGUGUGGUGCUUGUUGGGCAGGUUUAUGUGGUUAGGGGGGAUAAGGGUCAUGUACCGAUUCGUUAG